CAGCUACACCGGACGCGUAAGACAGCUUGCUCUCCCUCCUCCAUCGCAUUCUACCACCACCUCCUCACUUGCCGAUCAUUCCAACAUGUUCUUGACACGUUCAGAAUACGAUCGAGGUGUUAACACCUUCUCGCCGGAAGGGCGGUUGUUCCAAGUCGAGUAUGCUAUAGAGGCCAUCAAACUAGGGUCCACAACAGUCGGCGUCAAGACACCCCAGGGCGUCGUACUGGGAGUAGAGAAACGCGUUCAGUCUCCUCUGCUAGAGUCGUCAUCUAUUGAGAAGAUCAUGGAGAUCGACCAACACCUCGGCUGUGCCAUGUCCGGCCUCACUGCCGACGCACGCACGAUGAUCGACCAUGCCCGUGUUACAUCGCAAAACCACGCCUUUACCUAUGACGAGCGGAUCAAGGUGGAGAGUGUGACACAGGCAGUGUGUGACCUCGCGCUGCGAUUCGGAGAAAGUGUGCACGAUGAGGAGGCGAUGAUGAGUCGGCCGUUCGGCGUAGCGCUGCUUAUUGCAGGCGUCGACGAGUUGGGUCCACAGCUAUUCCACACGGAUCCUUCAGGUACCUUCGUUCGGUAUGAAGCCAAAGCGAUCGGGUCAGGCUCGGAAGCGGCACAGAGCGAGCUCCAGGAUAAGUGGCAUAGCCAAAUGACGCUUCGCGAAGCUCAAAUAUUGACAUUGCGGGUGCUGAAGCAGGUGAUGGAAGAGAAGCUGGAUCACCACAACGUCCAGCUCGCUCAGGUGACGCCGGAAAAGGGUUUCGAGAUCUUGGACGAGGUCAGGCUAAAGGAGAUUAUUGACGACAUGUAACACCACGGACCUAUUGCUGCUUUCCACACUUUUCCGCGUAUUUGAUGCAAUGGUAGCUUCAAGAUAUCUCGGAAGCGCUCUCGCAUGAGACAAGAAGGCUGUGUCCACAUGAUUGACGCGUCUUCAAGGCUCCAGAUAGUGGUUCUCCAGACAUACAUGGUGACACCGAAGUACUUUAGGACGUGUUCAUGCCGUAUUCCGAUCCCCCUAUCGUAGCCUGCGCAAUCUGGCACAACUUUAUUUUCGAACAAAGUACGGACUCUCACGAAGCUGCAUCUGACUUAUCACUGCUCUACAGUAGACAGGUCUCUCCGUCCAUUAGUGAGAAGGCGAGUGCACGGUCAUCUCUCUGCUC